AUGAGUGAAACAUCAUCAACAACAGCUGCUGAUAAUUCAGCAUCAACAACACCAAUAACAUCUCCCAGAGUCAUCAAGAGAGUUGUUGUGAGAAGAGUUGUGCAGUCAUCAUCCAAUAAUAAUACAAACACUAAUAACAACACACAAACAACCAGUACUGAAAGUAAUGGCAACAAUAUUGAAGUGAGUGUACAGUUUCCAUCUGAUGAGAAUAUUACCGAAACUACUACCAAUCUCACCUCUGCACUUUCCCUUUCACCAAAUAAUCAAACUGGACUUUCCUCUAGUGUAUCACCACCAUCAUUUAAUGGUUUAAAUUCACCAAUAAUGAUUGUGUCGAGGGAGGACGAAUCUCUUUCAAGUCAAUCAUCACCUUCACCCAAUAACAAAAGUGUCCUUUCAACGACCAUGAAUGGAACACGAAAAGAAAACGAUUCGUGUGUGUCUCCCUCAUUAUUUGUUGAUGGAAGAAAGACAAUGAGCAAUUCUGAUAUCAACCAACAGUCAACCAACAAAAAAACAGAUCAAAGCCGUUCUACUUCCAAUUUAGCCUCACCACCUUCAAAUAAUAAUAGACAUUCUAGUGGGGGAGGUGUAUUUGGUUUUCUACAACGUAUUGCUUCUCCACUCUUAUCAUCAACACCUUUAGAACAAAAGCAAUAUUCAGCAAGUUUUACUGAGGGAAGUUCUACUAAUUCAUAUCUAGCUCGACAAUUAUCUCCCCGAUCAUCGUCAUCAAUAGAAGAAACAGAGGAUAUGAGAGCAAGAUCUGGUGGAAAAGCCAUUGCUAAUGUGCAGUUGGCAGAUGAACAAGUUGUUAGUGGAUUCUUGAAAGAUUGCCAAAGUUUGAGAGAGAAGAGAAAGAUUGCAGAAUUGGAAAAACUGUGUAGAGAUUUCUUACCACGUUACUAUUCUUCCAAAUCAAAUAUGGCUAAAGUCCACAUCUACCUUGCCUUGGCAUUGAGAGAAGGCUUACUGUUCAAAGAUGCCCUUCAUCAUUUCGAAGAAGCUUUUGAAUUAGAAAAUGAAGAUCAUGUAAAUAAUAAUGAAGGAGAAAAUACAAUUGUACAUACAAAUUCGUUCACUAUUGCAGAUUAUGCUCAUACCUUGUUCUGUGAUAGACAGUAUGAGUUAGCUAGAGAAUAUUUUGAAAAAGCACUCUCGAUAUCUAUCAAAGAGAAUCAAAGCAAUGCAGAAGAGUUGAGAAGUGCAAUCAUUCUGUGCCAAAUAAUGUCACCAAACAUUGAUCCAUCACAAAAAGCAGAAUUGAUUGAUGACCUCCUUAAAAAAUCCAACAACAAUCAAGCCUUCACCUACUAUGUAAUUGGGUUGUAUUAUGAGAAAUUACACGACUAUAACAAGGCUAUUGAAUAUUAUACCCUUUCAUUGAAGCGUGAACCUUCAUAUGAUUGCAACUAUGAAAGAAUAGGCACAUGCCAAUCAAAAAUUGGCUUGUUAGAGAGAGCUAAAUGCAAUUUAGACAUGGCUUGUACAUUGAACAAGCAAAACUUUAGAGCUAUUUUGGCUCUAAGCAAACUUCAUAUUCGAGGAGGAAUGACAGGAUCUUGUAAAACAAAACUAAAGAUCAUUAUAGAAAGAUCAGUACAAUUGGUCAAUUCGUCAUCUGAUAAGCUUCGAUUAUACAUGGUUCUGGCAGAGUCAUUCUACAUAUUAGGAAUUAUCAAGAGCAGUUGUGAAUUUGAAACUAAUUUUGAAAAGGUAAAAUCUCUCUUCAGAGAAGCCAUUCACUACUAUUCCAUGUAUCACGAACUUGUACAGGAUGAUGCAGAAGAAUUGGAACAUUACUCUGCUGAGAGUUAUUAUAAUACUAUUGGACUUUGUUAUCUCUAUAUGAAGGAAUUUGAGACAGCCAUGGAUAUGUUCAACAAGGCUUCACAAGUAUCUCCAAAAUCCUGUGAUGGAAUUUAUAAUAAGGGUGUUGUCAUGGAACAACUUGGAUUAUAUAAGGAAGCUCUUCAAUAUUAUAACAAGGCACUCAAAAUUGCUCCAAAUGAUCAAGAUUCCCAAGAUGCUGUCAAGAGAGUGCAAAGAAAGUAUAAGAACUCUCUCUACACUAAUUAUGGCAUGAUUGGAUUGGAUAUUUGCAAAUAA